AUGAAGUACGGUCAUGAAUACGCGGAGCUGCUGGCUAGCGAAGGAUUCCCCGAGGAAUGGGUUUCUUCUGCUAUCUCAUACCGUCUGCUCAAGAAGUCGAUCAAAAAGGUUCAGCAAGAACUAAGUGCCCUCGGCUUGGACGCUUCAACACUACAACAUCUGCAAAGCGAAUUUGGUGUAGAGGCUCCUGGAGACAGAACUAGCUCAAAUUUUGUCCCGGAACUGUGGGUCGCUGUCGACGGCGACAGUGGAGAGUUUCUGGAUGCACAUCUCACAAAAGAGACAAAGGAAUACUUUCUCCGGUUGGCUCAGAACAACGACACACUGAGCGAGCCUGACAACCGUGACAGUUACAUCUCACACGGAACCGAUGGAUCUUCAAUAUCCGAGCAUGACCAGUGCGACGCUUCGGUCCAUGCAUCAUCAGCUGACAAUGGCGCUCAGUGGGCCCAUGUCCAUCUGCAUACAGCGGCAAACUUCUUCAACCUCCUCGACCCAAAAUUGGCACAACUGGAUGUGAUUCAGCACGAAGAAGAAAAGCGCCUCGAAACAGAGAUUGUAGAGCUCAGCACUGAAGUCACAGCACUCACCGAACCUGCUCAUCUGAAGAAGGGCAAAUUCAAGUCUAGAUCGGACGUCACCAUCUGGCGCGAGAUCCUUGCCUUGUACGUGCAACAUGCUAUCUUCUUUUCGCCCUACGAAAGAGAUCGCGGCUCACGCAGCUUCGAGAAAGCAAAAUCGCAUCUCGAGCUCUUCUCCAAGGACCUGGUAGAUCAAGGGCUUGUCAAGAAGUUCAAGGAAAAGUCGAGCAGACAUGCCUUUGAUCACUUUGUAGCUAUCAACCUCGAUAUUCUCAAAGCCAUGCGCUUCCAAGAACUCAACAUGGAAGCCGUACGCAAGAUUCUCAAGAAGUUCGACAAGCGGACUGCGUUGGGAGCAGCAAAGUCUUACCAGAGCGAGGCGUACAGUGGUCUUUUUGCCAAAUCAGUCGCAACCGAUAUGUGCGCGGCGAUGUCUCAGCAAGUGGUCACGAUUGUGCCUCAGCUCGAUGACUACAGUUGUCCCGUUUGCUGCGAUGUUGCAUGGAGACCCAUCCGACUCGAAUGCUGCAAUACGGUGUUUUGCAUCCGCUGUAUGAUUGAGUUGCAGAAGUCCAAGGCAAAGUGUCCGAUGUGCAGAUCUACUUCGGUCAUCACUGCUGAUUCCGGGUCUAUUGAUCAGCAGCGAGCGGAGUAUUUGGUCAAGUACUUUCCGCACGAAGUCAAGGAGAAGCAGAAGGCGAAUGAGCUUGCUGUUGCUAUAGACAAGUAUGGUCCUGAGUUCAAGAAGGGGCCUUGUUGUGUGAUGUGA